AUGAGCUCUGAAGAUAAGUUUCAAGGUAUCGCUGUUCUAGAUCACAAGGACUGGAAGAACCCAAAAAAGGUUGAAUUCCCAGCCAAGCCAUUCUACGACCACGAUAUCGACAUCAAAAUUGAUGCUUGUGGUGUUUGUGGUAGUGACAUCCACUGUGCCGCCGGUAACUGGGGUAAGAAGCAAACUCCAUUGGUUGUCGGUCAUGAAAUCAUUGGUAAGGUCGUCAAGAUUGGCCCAAAGUGUAACACUGGUUUGAAGGUUGGUGACCGUGUUGGUGUUGGUGCUCAAGUCUUCUCUUGUUUGGAAUGUGACCGUUGUAAGAAUGACAACGAACCAUACUGUCCCAAGUUCGUCACUACAUACUCUCAACCAUAUGAAGACGGCUACGUCUCUCAAGGUGGUUAUGCCAACUAUGUCAGAGUCCAUGAGCAUUUUGCUGUUAAGAUUCCAGAAAACAUUCCAGACCAUUUGGCUGCUCCAUUGCUAUGUGGUGGUAUUACUGUUUACUCUCCAUUGCUAAGAAACGGUUGUGGUCCAGGUAAGAAGGUCGGUAUCGUCGGUAUCGGUGGUAUUGGUCACAUGGGUCUAUUAUUUGCUAAGGCCAUGGGCGCUGAAGUUUACGCUAUUUCUCGUUCUAACGCUAAGAAGGAAGAUUCCUUGAAGUUAGGAGCUGACCACUACAUUGCCACCAAGGAAGAACCAAACUGGGGUGAAAAGUACUUUGACACUUUCGAUUUAAUUGUCGUCUGCGCUUCAUCUUUAACUGAUGUUGACUUCGAUGUCAUGCCAAAGGCUAUGAAGGUUGGUGGUAGAAUUGUCUCUAUUUCUAUUCCAGACGAAGAUCAAACUUUGACAAUGAAGCCAUUUGGUUUGCUAGGUGUUUCCAUCGCUAACAGUGCUUUGGGUUCAAUUAAGGAAAUUGAGCAGUUGCUAAAAUUGGUUUCUGAGAAGGAUAUCAAGAUCUGGGUUGAAACUUUGCCAGUUGGUGAAGCUGGUGUGAAGGAAGCUUUCGAAAGGAUGGACAAGGGUGAUGUUAAGUAUAGAUUCACUCUGGUCGACUUUGACAAGGAGUUUGGUAACUAA